GAUCAUUACAAACCACUUUGUAAAGGCAGAGGAAUCAUUUGAAACCUUUGAUGGAGAAACCUUUAGUAUGUGAUGACUCUGUGCUCAGACACAAGAACAAUGCCAGACCUACAUGUUCUGUUUCACCUAGUCAACAAACUGAGCAUCUGUUACAAUGCCAGGAUACUGAAAACGGGGGCGAUCAGAGAUCAAGAAAAGUAAAUAAAUCAGACGCACCCAUGUCAGAGGAUACAGAAUCUGAAAUCUUGGAAAGGAAAAGAACUAGGUCCAGAACAUUCGAUCCCUCAUUGCUAUCACCUAUCCAGAGUGACACUGACUCAAAAAUUGAAAGGAAGAAGCCACAGUGCUGUAAUUUUCCACGGACGAAUUCCCAGUAUCACAAGAUUUUUAAAGACAUCAGAGAGGAUGAGCAGCUGAAACAGAGUUACACAUGUGCUUUGCAGAAAGACAUUCUGUAUCAGGGGAGACUUUUUGUGUCUGAUAACUGGGUCUGCUUCCAUUCCAAAGUCUUUGGGAAAGAUACCAAGAUUUCUAUCCCGGUAACAUCAGUAACAUUUAUAAAGAAAACAAGAACUGCCAUCUUAGUGCCAAAUGCAUUAAUUAUAGCCACAGCACAGGACAGGUAUGUCUUUGUGUCGUUCCUGUCUCGAGACGCCACUUACAAAGUUUUGAUGUCAGUGUGCUGCCAGUUGGAUGACAAGUGUAUGGGAAGCAGCCCUAUACCUUCUUCUGCAGACAGAAACUACAGAAUGACACAUUCCACGCUUCCUAUGAAUUUCUCAGCGGAUCUGUCAGAUCUGGAUGGUCCAGUGAUUCAGAGGAGAAAAAGACUGGGGGACAGCAGCAGUUCAGAUUCUGAAAAGUAUGAGAAAAUUCCAGAGGCUCAAGUUUUUAUGAAUGGGGUAAAACAAGACGGUGUAUCAGACACUCGUCCACAGCAUGCAAAGCACAAAUGGAAUAUGGAUGACAUAAAAGCACUGAGACCAGCUUCACUUAACACUCUUCUGGUGGUGUAUCUGUUUCUGGUGUGCAUUUUAGUUUUGUCUUCAUGUUGCAUGGCUUUCAAGUUAAUAUAUCUGGAACAGAGACUGACCUCCCUAAUGGCUGAGUUUUCAUAUAAUGGAGAUGAAUAUGACAGUGUCUAUCCCGAUGUUACUUCUAGAAUCUACUCUACUCUGUCCAUACACCUUUUGAAGCUGGAAAAGAUUCAGAAACAACUAGAAAGACUGCUUGAGGAAAGUGGUAUCAAUCCUUUACAAUGACAGACAUCAUCAUCAUCAGACAAGUGCGAAAACAAUACAACAUGAUCUUACAUAAGCCAGUUAUUAUGAAAAAAGCGUUACGUUUAGGGUUAGAGUAGGAAGGGCAAUUAUAGCACCCCUUAUUCUGUUGACUAUUAAACAAUCAGCUCCACAUACCACCUAUUAGUUUUCCUGUAAAUUUUAUGUAAACCUCAGUUAUAAGAAUUAAAUGUAAUAUUAAAUAUCUUAGUUGUUCUUUGUUAUUUAAAAGCUUUUAGAAGGCAGGUUUUAUUAUUAAUCACAGUAAAAUAAAAUUAAGUGUAGGAUUGUAUUUUCUUUAAUUUGCUGUACAUGAACUUAGCUAGAACAAACUUAAAUAAAGUGUUAAUUUAUUUCAUGUUUAUAAAUUGAAUUUAAAAAUGCACAUUAUUUAGACAAGUGAUGUGGCAAAGAGGUAGUGACUAAAAUCAAGAUCAGGAUGCCAAGACCAAAGUUGGUUCAGUUGUUAAAAACCUUUGGAAUGGAAUUUGUGAGGUACACCUAGAGAAAAAUGAACAUUUUUACUGACCAAACACAAAUGUAAAGCAAACACUUUCACAAGCUGUGUAUAGUUUUGUAAGGAUAUUACUUUUAAUUAAAAUAAUGAUUAUGUGAGUGGAA